AUGAGCACUAUCACCGUUAACAUCUCCCAAGGCAUAGCAACUAUAACGCUCAAUCGGCCCCAAAGUCUCAAUGCCAUAACGUCGGCAGAUUACGCGUUCUUUGCGGAGGCCCUCAGGGAUAUCGACAAGAGAGAGGAUGUGUAUGUGACUAUCUGGCAAGCCACAGGGAACUGGUUCUGCUCGGGUACUGAUGUGAAGGAGAGUCUUACAGCCCGGGCGGAGGCGAAGACCGUCCGUGAACAAUUCUUAGCCAUGAUUACACGAACAACGACAGACUGCGGGCAAGCACUCUACUCUCAUAGGAAAGUGCUGAUAGCCGCCCUAAACGGACCCGUCUUGGCCUUCCUUGGGUAUUUUGACUUCAUAUAUUGUAUGCCAAAUGCAUGGCUAGCCGUACCCUUUACCUUCCUGGGCAUAAUUGCCGAAGGGGGAUCGAGCGUCAGCUUCGUGAAUCGAAUGGGACUGGCGAAAGCGAAUGAAGUGCUUCUCUGGGGCCGGAAGAAGAACGCAGAGGAAUUACUUCAAUGCGGAUUCAUCAAUCAUAUUUUCCCUCAACAAGAGGUCUCAUCCUUCCAUGCUGCCGUCCGUGCAAAAGUUCUGGACCACAUAGACGGGCUCGAUCCCACAGCCCUUCUUACCGUCAAGAGGCUCCUGCGGCAGGGUUUGAACGAUAAGAACGACCCCGACGCAGUUAACCUCCGAGAGAGCUAUGCCCAGGCGGAAAGGUUCGCCAGCGGGAUACCUGCUGAGAGGUUUCAGAAGAUUGCGCGCAAGGAGAUCAAGCACAAGCUGUAG